UCGUGACCGACAAAAUUAAGAAAAAGAAAUGUAUUUACAACGAUUUUUUGGAGUAAUUUUGUGUAUAGCUAUCGCGACAAUUGCAAACAUCGAUGGAACUGAAACAAAACCUACUUGGGAGCAAUUUUCAUCUUGGAAAUACGGCGAAAUAAAAUCAUUCCUCGAUGGUGUUCGUGAAAUUUUGAGAGAAGUUAUACGCAAAAAAUCAUCCGUAACAUUGCUGGACAAGCAAGUUGGAAAAGACUUGCAAUACAAGAUAUUCAAUGGUCACAUAGAUAAAUUUUCAAAAGUGGGGUUUACCAUUCGCCACAUGCGUUCAAACGAAGGAAUAACAGUACUACAAUCUUUUUAUUGGCCGAAACUUGAGGUGUAUUACGAUUACAAAAUUAAUGAAGAUGACGAACCCAAAAAGAUCCGAUGCACGAUCGAACCAAUUGAUGUUCGCCUUAACUUUGAUAUCAACAGCGAAAAUAAAACCGUACUGUUUUCGAAAAUUGAUUUUAAUAACGGUGCCGUGGAGAUUUUUAUGGAAGACAGUAACUCGGUUGAACUGAUAAACGAACCAAAUCUCUCUUCGGAUCUCCAAGAAAUCAUCUCGAGCGAGAUUACCGUACAAGCAAGUGAUCUGUGGGCACUAAUUGUCGAUCGUGUUAACGAAAACUCAAUAUCGAAGUACACUUACGACUCUGUGAUACCGGUCGAUCAUUAACACGACUGCAUAAAUUUUAUU